AUGCUGUUCUGGCACACGCAGCCCGAGCACUACAACCAGCACAACUCCGGCAGCUACCUGCGCGACGUCCUCGCCCUGCCCAUCUUCAAGCAGGAGGAGCCCCAGCUGUCCCCCGAGAACGAGGCCCGCCUGCCACCCCUGCAGUAUGUGCUGUGUGCCGCCACGUCCCCAGCUGUGAAGCUGCACGAAGAGACUUUGACCUACCUCAACCAAGGUCAGUCUUAUGAAAUCCGACUGCUGGAGAAUCGGAAGCUGGGAGAUUUUCAGGAUCUGAACACAAAAUAUGUGAAGAGCAUCAUCCGCGUGGUGUUCCACGACCGGCGGCUACAGUACACGGAGCACCAACAGCUGGAGGGCUGGCGGUGGAGCCGGCCCGGGGACCGCAUCCUGGACAUCGAUAUUCCACUGUCUGUUGGUAUCUUGGACCCCAGGGCCAGCCCGACCCAGCUGAAUGCAGUUGAGUUUUUGUGGGACCCUUCGAAGAGAGCAUCUGCUUUCAUUCAGGUGCACUGCAUCAGCACAGAGUUCACCCCGAGGAAGCACGGGGGCGAGAAGGGCGUGCCCUUUCGGGUGCAGAUCGAUACCUUCAAGCAGAGUGAGAAUGGGGAGUACACGGAACACUUGCACUCGGCCAGCUGCCAGAUCAAGGUGUUCAAGCCAAAGGGAGCUGACCGGAAGCAGAAGACGGACCGAGAGAAGAUGGAAAAAAGAACGGCCCAAGAGAAGGAGAAAUACCAGCCAUCCUAUGAAACCACCAUCCUGUCAGAGUGCUCCCCGUGGCCCGACGUGGUUUACCAGGUGAACAGUGCCUCGUCCCCAAGCUACAACGGCUCUCCGAACAGCUUCGGCCUUGGCGAAGGCAACAGCUCCCCAACCCACCCGGUGGAGGCCCUGCCCGUGGGCAGUGACCACCUGCUUCCCUCGGCCUCCACGCAGGACGCCCAGCAGUGGCUCCACCGCAACAGAUUCUCCCAGUUUUGCCGGCUGUUCGCCAGCUUCUCAGGUGCUGACCUGCUGAAGAUGUCCCGCGAUGACCUGGUCCAGAUCUGCGGCCCUGCAGAUGGGAUCCGGCUUUUUAACGCCAUCAAAGGCAGGAACGUGAGGCCAAAGAUGACCAUUUACGUCUGCCAGGAGCUGGAGCAGAGCCGCGUGCCCCUGCAGCAGAAGCGGGACGGCGGCGGGGACCCCAAUCUGUGUGUGUACCACGCCAUCUUCCUGGAGGAGCUGACCACCUUGGAGCUGAUCGAGAAGAUCGCCAACCUGUACAGCAUCUCCCCGCAGCACAUCCAUCGGGUGUACCGGCAGGGCCCCACCGGCAUCCACGUGGUGGUCAGCAACGAGAUGGUGCAGAAUUUCCAAGAUGAAUCCUGUUUCAUCCUCAGUACCUUAAAAGCCGAGAGCAAUGACGGCUACCACGUCAUCCUGAAAUGUGGCCUCUGA